ACAGUUGUAGGCAAGUAGACUGGCAAGGGCAGUGGUGGGGUUGUCCCUGCGCAAGUUUUCCAUGUGUGUGGAAACGCAGUGUAAACAGAUGUCAGUUUAUGUUUCGCCGAGAUGGUGUGUAACUGUGUAUGAUGGGGCGACUGACGCUUAGCUCCGCAGAGUGUUAAUACUUAUGACAGGCAUUAGGGAGAAAAUUCAGUCACAUUUCCUUUUAUCAUUGAGAGGAUGUGAAAUCUAUUGAGCCUUCAACAUGGACCAAAAUGCAAAAAAUAGAACACAGCUGUUGGAUGCUGUAUAGUUUUUCAGCUCUCAUGUGGUGAAAGCAUAUGCAUUAGCAUGUGCAUGUGCAUGUAUUGCUGUAUAUACUUCUCCAUUGCAGUGCAUCUAUUUUAUGAGAAUGGGCCUAGUGAUGUCAUUACAUUGAAGUAGUCUGAAGCUUCUAUGCAUUGUACAUGUGCAUGGUAAUGCACAUUCGUCUGUUAAUUAUCCGUGUCAAGCGACAUGUUUUUCUGACAAUAUUUAUGUUCAGUUUGGUUGCUGUAUUGGGCUUCAUAAGUCACAAAUGGCGGAAUAUGAUUUUGAACCUAGAUUUACCAAAUAGAAGACAAGCCACUAUUGUACAACCAUUUGUUAUCAAGACUGACCUUUUGAAAGAGGAAAAUGUACAAAGGCUACUGUCAAGCAAGUCUUACCACCUUACAACAGAGAAAAUACUCAAUGAAAAAAUUGCUAAAGCAAAAAGGUUUUAUCAAAAGAUGCAACAUAUAUCACAAAAAAUGAAGAAAUAUCGCAGUAAUAGUAACACAGAGCAAAACAGAACUGUGAGUACAAAACUGAACUAUGAUGUACAUAUAUUUUAUUAUGUGUGGUAUGGAAAUUUAGUAGUUGAUCAUGAGUGGAAACACUGGAAUCACAGGUACCUACCAAACUGGAAAAGAGAAGAUAAGAGAGUUUACCCUACAGGCAGUCAUCAGCCUCCUACAGACAUUAGCUCGAACUUCUACCCAGCACUUGGAUGUUACAGCUCAAGAGAUAAUAAUAUUAUUGAUGUGCACAUGAGACUUCUAAGAGAUGCUAACAUUGGUGUACUUGUCAUCUCAUGGUAUCCACCAGGAAUGUCUGAUACCGAGGGCGCCUCAUCAGAUUCAUUAGUUUCAGUUUUGCUGGACAUUGCUAAUAAAUAUGACCUCAAGAUAGCACUGCAUAUUGAACCAUACAGUGGCAGAAAUCCUAUCAAUCUUGCAAAAUAUUUACAAUAUAUUGCAACACAGUAUGCAAGUCAUCCAGCCUUCUACCAUAGACAACAUAGAGGAAAGAAACUGCCUGUGUUUUACAUUUAUGAUUCCUAUCUAACUCCUUCUGGAACAUGGAAAGAGCUUCUCAGCAGUAAAGGCAACCUUAGUGUUCGUGGAACAAAACUGGAUGGAAUAUUCCUUGGGCUCUUGGUAGACGUUCAACACAGAUAUGAAAUAAAGAAGGCACACUUUGAUGGUUUCUACACAUACUUUGCUAGCAGUGGAUUCACAUAUGGAUCAUCAUGGAAAAACUGGCGAAGUCUUAGUAAAUUUGCAUAUCAGAAUAGUCUUAUAUUUGUUCCAUCUGUUGGUCCUGGGUAUAUUGAUACCCAGAUUAGACCUUGGAAUGUCGCAAAUAUCAGGCACAGGCGCCAUGGAAAAUACUAUGAGGUUGCUUGGCGAAGUGCAAUAACUACCCAACCUAAAAUAAUUUCAAUAACUUCAUUCAAUGAGUGGCAUGAGGGAACACAGAUAGAACCAGCCUUACCGAAGUCCACUCCCUCAUUUACGUAUCUAGAUUAUGAACCUGAAGGUCCAUAUUUUUAUCUAAAUUUGACUAAAUGGUGGAUAAAUGAAUUCACAAAAAGAACACAGGAUGACAGCACCAGAAUUUAAUAUUAACGUUAAUGUUUCAUUGAUACUAUGUGUAUACUUUUUAAAGGUAUAAAUCUAGCAAAUUGUCACUGUAAUUACUCAAGAGUUGUGUGAUUGUAUCUAGUUGACAGAAUCAGUGAAUCCCAUACCAUCAUGUCACUUGCAUCCAGAAAACUGAUUUCCACAUGAAAAUGCCACAUGACUACAUAUGUAGCUUUUAAAUAGAUUUUAUUUUCAAAUAAAAUUUUGCUAACUUGUUGCUGGUAAAUAUUUUUCACAUAUGAAUAAAAAAAUUUUGGAACU